AUGUCUUCUCUUCCCCAAACAUACAAGGCCUGUGUCAUCGAGAAAGCCAAUGCUCCCUUCACACUCAAGGAUGUCCCCCUGAAGCACCCCUCAAAGGGCCAAAUUCUCGUCAAGGUCCUCGCCUGCGGUGUCUGUUUCUCAGACGUGGGUGUGAGCGAAGGCCACAUGGGCGACGUCUUUCCCCGCGUCCCCGGCCAUGAAAUCAUCGGCGAUGUCGUCGAAGUCGGCGAAGACGUUGACAACUUUAAGAACGGCGACCGAGUUGGUGGACCUUGGCACGGCGGCCAUGAUCGAACUUGCCGACAGUGUCAACGAGCGCAGUUCCAAAUGUGCGACCACAAGGAGGUCAAUGGUGUGAGUCGAGAUGGUGGCUUCGCUGAGUAUGUCCUCCUUCGCUCAGAGGCUGUUGUCCGGGUACCCAAGGAGAUUGAACCCGCCGACGCUGCUCCUCUUCUUUGCGCUGGUGUCACUGUCUUUAACGGUAUCCGCAAGAUGCACGUUGAGCAGGGCCGCAUCGUCGCAGUUCAGGGUCUCGGUGGCCUAGGUCAUCUUGCAGUACAGUACGCCUACAAGAUGGGUUACGAAGUCGCCGUUCUUUCUUCAACCGACGACAAGGCCGACUUUGCAAAGAAGCUCGGCGCUCACCACUACAUCAACACCAAGACUAGCGACGUCGGCGAAGAACUCAACAAGCUUGGAGGUGCAUCAAUCAUCGUCCAGACAGCACCCAACCCCAAGGCCAUCUCUCCUCUCAUCCAAGGACUCGCCCCCGAAGGCAAGUUGCUCAACCUCGCGCCCGUUGGUGGUGCAGAGUUUGAUACCGUGGCUUUGGUGCUGAAGGGCGCCAGCGUUGUUGGCUGGCCCAGCGGUCAUGCUCUUGACUCCGAGGAGGCGCUGCGCUUCUCUUUGACGCAUGGAGUCAAGUGUAUGGUUGAGAAGUAUCCAUUGGAAAAGGUCCAGGAUGCAGUCGAUAGCCUGAAGGCUGGCAAGCCUCGAUUCAGGAAUGUCUUGGUAAUGGAGUAA